CUUUCUCAACUUCACUUCUUCAACUGUAUCUUCACUCUUUAGAGGGACUUGACAAUCUCUUUACAAUCUUUUCUUCACUGCAGCACAGCCCUGCCAACCAUCUGCAAAGAUGAAGCUGUCUGCUGUUACCCUCUUGGCUCUGAGCUCGGGAGCUGUCUCUGCUCCUGUUGCCGAGCCUGGCAGGGAGGUCUACUACCAUGAGUACAAGCCCAAGCCAUACGAUCCCGGCUGUGGUGUAGAGAAGCCGAAGCCUCACAAGCCGUGGGAGAAUUAUCCCAGCCAGCCUGAGAAGCCGCACUAUCCUCCUCCCAAGCCUCACAAACCAGAGCCUUGGCAUCCUAAGCCGGAGCCACACUAUCCGCCUAAGCCUCAUAAGCCAAAACCGCACUAUCCACCUAAGCCUCAUGAGCCAAAGCCUCACUAUCCUCCUCCCAAGCCGCACAAGCCUGAGCCUCACUACCCACCUAAGCCUCAUAAACCUGAUCACCCAGGCAAGCCUGGCUAUCCCAAGCCAGGAAAGCCAGAUCAUCCAGGCAAACCUCAUAAGCCGUGGGAGGAUAACCCUGGCCAGCCUGGGAAGCCUCACUAUCCUCCUAAGCAUCCCAAGCCAGAACCUCACUACCCGCCUAAGCCUCAUGAGCCAAAGCCUCACUAUCCCCCUCCCAAGCCGCACAAGCCUGAGCCUCACUACCCACCUAAGCCUCAUCAACCUGAUCACCCAGGCAAGCCUGACUAUCCUGGACCCGGUAAACCCAAUCAUCCAGGAAAGCCCGAUCACCCGGGUAAACCUGAUUACCCAGGCAAACCUGAUUAUCCUGGACCUGGUAAGCCAGAUCAUCCGGGUAAGCCAGACCAUCCAGGUGAACCUGAUCAUCCUGGCAAACCAGAUUACCCAGGACCUGGUAAGCCAGCCCACCCGGGUAAGCCUGAUGGUCCUGGUAAACCUGAUUAUCCUGGACCUGGUAAACCUGAUGGUCCAGGUAAGCCUGACGGUCCCGGCAAACCAUCUGGACCUGGCAAGCCCGAUAAGCCUUCUACUUAGGCCAGCAACUCAGGGCCAUCCUUCCAUGCUUCAACAAAAGCUCAGCUUGAUCUUACUUGAUGAAAAAUCACACUUACGACUGGCCCCAAGUCUGGGAUCACUGGGCCAGAGGACUUGUGGCUUAUGUGCUAGGAUGAUGACAAUGCUUGGAGGAUGUUCACGCAAGGCAAUCAACACUCGUUUCCUCACUUCUCAAACAUCUCAAAGAGAGAACUUCUGUUUCACUUUUUAACUUUAUGAUUUCUACUCUGAGUCUUUGACAUCUGUCGUUGAGUGGUUUCUUCUCUUCUUCUACUCUCUUUAAUCCUGUUCUUCAAUACUUAGGUUGAGAAAGUGGAAGGCGAACGCGACCUGACACUACAUACUAUCAUUUAUAUCAAACAUGUUAUUCUCUCAAA